AUGCUUAAUUGCAUCGACAACUCGGGCGCCGCCGUUGUUGAAUGCGUCAAUGUCUUGAAGAAGAAACGGCCGGCGACGAUCGGUGAUCGCAUUGUUGUCGUCGUGCAGAAGCAACGGAAUUUCGGCCCAGAAAACUCCACAAACAGCGGUAUCGCGAACAAGGUCCGCCGCGGUGACAUUCGCCAUGCCGUCGUUGUUCGUGUGCGUAAGGAAAUCCAGCGCCCGGAUGGAAGUCUAGUCAAGUUCGAUGACAACGCCUGCGUCCUCAUCAAUAAGUCAGGCGAUCCAAUCGGCACCCGGUUGAAUGGUAUUGUCGGAGCAGAACUGCGCGGAAAACAGUGGUCGAAAAUUUUAUCACUAGCACCAAUGAACCUGUAA